UACGCUCAGCAGCACGGUGACGCAGUCGGUUGCUAGGUGUGAAUGAACUGAUGCUUUCUCACAAUUAAAGCAGCCGCUCAGUUUACAGGUCGACCACAACAAAGCAACAACUCGUCCUUCUUCUUUUUGUUGUUGUUGUUGCGCUGUCCCGGAUACCGCGAGCUGAAACAUGGCUCUUUAAACUCGCGAAGUUGUUGGACCCGAUAAGAAAUCGUGCUCCGCACCCUACGUGCUCUACCUUUUUCUCUGCAAGAAUGGAGUAAGUGAAACUCUCUCUACUAUGCACACACGUCGGCUCCGGUUUGUUUCUGCAUCGCUGUGUUUGCUGUAUAUCUGCUCGUGUGUCAGACGUAGCGGAGCGGUCCGUUCUUAUGCUGGCUUAUCUGCUUUAUACAGUUUAUUUUAUUUUAAUAUCUUCUUUUAGACCAUUUGCCUAAAUAUUUAAUGCUUCUUUAAUGGCGUUUAGUCUGUUUUGGGUUGCUUUGAUGACAGGGACAGCUGUUACACGUAUAGCCUCCAGCCUAUGUUGUUAUACACCGGAGAGCAUCACAUUUAUGUCACUUUCAGCAUGCAUCGGGUUUCUAUUUAGUUAUCGCCACCUAUCCCGCUUCAGUCGUCAAACAGAAGUGAUUCAUUUAAAAAGGGACAUGCGAUUAGAAGCAGCUGAUCUGCUUUCUCACUUUAGAGAGUUUCUGUAAUCUAGAGUUAGCAACAGUUGGGCCGUUGACAGCGUUACGAGGUCCCACGUGCUUUGAGGACGUCAAGUGCAUUUUGCUUUUGAGGGAGUUCAAAGCUCAGAGGACACAGAUGUCAUGUGUGUAUCACUGACUUUGUCAAUUCUGAGGGUUGGUUUUUGAAAGUGUUCAUGAUCCAUUCUAUUUUAAAUAUUUGAUAUUUGAUGUAAAUAUUCAUGUUUUGGAAAGUUAUUUCCUUAUAGCUAAAAAAAACAAAACCCAUUAUUCUUACAUGAUGACCUGCAGGCGAUUUCUUAUUCUUUAUUUUAUCUCCAUCAACAGACAGACUGCUGUUGAGAAACUUGCUGAGGGCAGCGAGUGUGAUAUUCCUGAUAUUCCCGGUCGACUGACUAAGUUGCAUCUUUUUUUCUUCGGCGGCAUGUUUCUGAUCCACGUUUGUGUUUCCCCUCCAGGUUUCAUUAUGCUCACCCAGCCCUGCUCUCUGUGGCCCAUCUGUCAGACCCCUCUUGCCCUCAGCACAUGCUCGGACUUGGACUGAAUCAAAGCGCCGACAGACACUAUGAUGGCAACAUCAGCUCCUGUUUGGAAGACUCUUCGUGUCUGCCCGGCAGACCCCCUCGCUCCUUCUCACCCACAGGCUAACCACAGCCAAUCACAGGGGCGCAGGGGGGAGGUGUCAGAGGAGAGUCAGCACUUAAUUGGUGAGUUGCAGCGAGUACGCUUUUUUAUAUUUUUUCCCAUUUCAGGUGGGCUCGGCACUGCAGCACAUUCGUCCUUCUCGAACAGUGAUGGUCUCACUGACUGGAUGACGGAAGAAGUGGAUUUCUCCUCGUACCUCCCAAACCCUCCUUCCCCUCCCUCUUCCACCAAUGCCUCCCUUCCCCCUUCGCCCCUCCAGAAUGAUAUCCAGGUGCCCUCCGACUUGGAGGUCAUGACCUCUCUGCUGCAAGAGGAACUCGCCCAACUGGAGGACUACUUCCUGUCCGAGCCGCUGCCAGAGAAAGGGCCGAGGCUCGCGAAAUGCGACAGGGGUCCACUGCCGGCGGGUCCUCAGCCGUUCACUCAGCUGCCAUACGCAUCAUACUCCACAUCCAACCAAUCGGAAUCCAGCCCACUCCUUGUUACCCUGGCAACCGGAGAACUGGACCUGCUGAGUAUCUGUGGCGGGCCCAUUGGGCGAUCCAAAAAUCCAAGACACGCCCCGUACAGCUGCAGUCGGCCCAGUGGGUGUGUUAGGAAAAGAGUACCUGACGGCGUGAGGUUCAGCGACGGCUAUGACAACAGUUUGUUGAGCUCCAAAGGAAGCAACUCAGGUAACGCAUCGGUGACCCUCACAGGUAACUACGACUGUGCCGAGGACGAGCAGCUGGUAGGGAAGAGCUACUGUCUGGGUAGUGCAGUCGAGGUCAGAAGAUGUGCCAUCCUGCCAAGAGACGACAAAAAUUGCUGUUUCGGUCAAGAUGUCGUAGGUGGCGCGAAGGUUGUCGGCGGUGGAUUCGGCUUUGGCGGAUCGCUUAACGUCCCGCACAAGAAAGAGGACCUGCUGAUGUACAGCAUGAGGGAGGUCAGCGGAGGCACCGGUAGCAACGAGGCGCUGAGUAGCAUCAAAGCGAGUGUGGAGAUGACAAAAGCCAGUGUUUCGUGGAAGACGGAGAGCGGCGAAGGUUGCUAUAUUCCAGCGACAGCACAGUCUGAGGCCUAUCAUAGCUUCUUAAGCACCAUCAACGAGCAGGUGAAGUCAGAGAGUCUGCAGAUAGGGCAACAUGAUUUGCACUGUAACUUCCUGGAGGAUCAGGGCCCAGAGUGUCUUUUAAUGGCUAGGGAGAGUCUGAACCUGGAGUCUUCGGGGUGCAGGCAAGCAUGCAGGCUGAAGGAAGACCACUGUGCUUUGAGCUACGAAGAGGACCUCGUUCCAGUCGAAGGCGGCAAGCGCAAGCAGAAGAAGAGAGAUCAGAACAAAACCGCCGCUCACAGGUACCGCCAGAGAAAAAGGGUGGAGCUAGAUUCUCUGGAGGAACAGUUGCACGGCCUCGAAGGGAAGAACCGGGAGCUCCGGGACAAGGCAGAGUCGGUAGAACGUGAAAUCCAGUAUGUCAAAGACCUGCUGAUUGAAGUUUACAAGGCCCGCAGCCAAAGGCACAAGCAGGACACGACCGCCUAACACCGAGCUCCUGCAAGUACAUUUAAAGAGGGCGCAACAGGGAGAAUGUGGCGCUCUUUGUGUCUGUAAGAUUGUCCAGAAUUGAAUGUUUAAUUUUGGGGUUUUUUUUAAUGGCGGGUGGGGUAAAUGCAUGCUUUGCUAAUGUGAAUUAUUUUUUACAUUUUAAAAUCAACACUAUCCAAUGCUUCCAUUGCUUUCGCACUCUGAUCACUUGAGCCUGCACUGUGGCAUUGCAAUGCUUUCAAUGACAAUCAUGUUUAAUAGAUCUCUCACUGCCUGGAUCUACUAAUUGAAAUACGGUUAUUUCUGAAGAAGCGAUGCUCAUUAUGCAGGUUUAAUAUCAUUAACAGCCUUACAUUGGAAUUGAUGUCAGCAAUAGAACUGAAUGUUGUUGUUUUUUUACAUUUUCAAUUUUUUUUUUUUUUUUUUUUUUACAAUUACUGUAUCGCCCUUUACGAUAGUUGAAGUCGUCAAAUAUGUUGUUGGUGUCUACACAUGAAAGUGCAUCAUUUCAUUUUUGAACACAUCUUUCAAACCAAAUACUUUUCUAGAAUAAUUUCUCGCCUCUCUUGAACAGCAAAUGUUAGUUUGAUUGCUAUGAAUAUUUUAGAAUAUUAGGAUUGCGCUUGAAGAUGUAUUGACUUUUACAACUGCGGAGAGAACGACCGAUGUACAGAAGAGCAAGGAACUUUUUGUCAUCAAUUUAGCAAAUAUUUUUUUAUCAUUUUAAUGUCGUUAAAUUCAUUUUGGACAAAGCCUUUGACUUCAGGUUUAAUGCAGCCCAAAAUAUUCAGUCGCUAAAAGGAUUUGGAUGUUUUGAGCAUGAAGUUCCUUAAACAUUUACAUUUUACUCAGCUUUGUUAGAAAUAUUACUUUCUCUACUGUAUUUAAAUUAGUUUUUUCUCCUGAUAUUUGCAUUACUCUUAAUGCCCAAAUCACCCGUUUCUUCCAGACUAAUGUCCAAAUUAUUAAUUCUGUGACCAAAAAAGAAUUAGCUAAUGUCAGUUUUGAAGUAAGAAGCUUGUAUUGUGUUUGUUGCAGUUUGCAACAUUUUUGCAAAUUAUACAAUCUUGCAACUCAGGAUAUACAAUUUGUUCUCCAGUCCUACACAUGCAGUGGAUGAUUCAUGUUCUUCAUUUUACAUAAAGAUUUCACUGCUAUUGACAUACAGGUUUUCCUGAUGUAAAAAAAAAGGGGUUUCCAUAUGUACAAAUAUUGUAACUAGUUGAGUUUUAGCAGCCUCCCUCUGCAUGUUUUUCCAUAAACGGAGUAGAAAAUGUAGAAUUUCAGAAAUAAAGGGGAUUUUUUUUUCUCUAAAGUGCUCGUUAUGGCAAUACGUUUUAUAGGCCUCUGGCUGAUCUGCACUAAUUUGUAACAACUUUUGUAUGUUCAGGGAGUGAAGUGCGUUAGCCUUUUCUUUGUUGAAAAUUACUGAAAAAAAUCUCAUUAGGUUAUUUGUUCAUGCGUUUGCAGUGUUAUCUUUGGUGUAAGAGGAUAUUGUCGAAUUUAUUUCCCAAUCGGAUUUAUUGCUAAGGAAAUAAGCACUACCGUUACUGUUAAACAUGCCUAUAGCGAGGAUGGAUUUUUUUUCUAUGCAUAUUUAUUUUAAGACAAUCUUGGAUACGAACGCGGACUUUUAGCCGUUUAUUUAAUGUGUUUAUUCAGCUUUUGGCAAGAAAUUAAAGUCACAUUGUUCGACCCUCCUGCGGUGCACUAUCAACUCCGAUUGUUAAAACCAAAAAUAUGUGACAGCACAUAAUAACGCUUUGUAACUCCAUGUUCAUUUAAUCAUAUAUGCAUAUGUCAUUUGUGUGGCGUCAGGUUUUUUUUUUUCCUAAAAAAAUAAAGUAAAGUGAAUCAUUAACUCAGUCCUUUGUGUUCUUUCAGAGGGUUUCUCUCCGAGUUGGUGAAUUGACCGGAAAUGUUUGUUUUUUACCUACACCGACUGUUGUAAUAAUCCGAAAUUACAAUAUGCUGUCAAAUUUAUCUUGAAAACAAGUCGUGGCUCUUGAAUGUCAUAACUUAAUAUUUUUUGUAAAAAUGCACAUUACAAACCUGUAGGGCCUGACGGACACCGACACGCGCUGCUCUCUGAUCCGACACGCGGCCCAUCAUUCACUCCCCAUGCGGUCAGAACUGAGACAAACAGCUCCAUAACUAUUUUUUAUAAAGCUAUAAAUGUCAUUAUUAAGCGCUUAUUGUUAGUCGAUGUAAAGCUAAAAAAAAAAAAAAAAGAACAAUUUAAAAAGGAGUGAACGUUCAGCCCGACGUUUGUUAAAAUGCCGUUCGCAGUUGCAAAAUAAAAGUCGAUAUUAUUUAUACCACCAAGAAUCACAAUUUUGCCCCAAAAGGCUUUAAAAUCUGUAGACGACAUCCUCUAUACUGAAACACGACUUUUAAAUGACGGGCGCUAACUGAAGUCAACCAAAAUGUACAAAAACUACAACCUGAAACUAUUUGAAUGAAACGUUUAUAACUCACCUAUUUGUAGCGCUUAUAACAACCACUGGUGUUUAUCACUGCGGAGUGCGAAAGGAAAAAAUAAGCUCUUCUCUAAUUAAAAAGACAUUCGUCUUUGUGGAAUUUCGAUUCCAUUUGAAUAGUUUUUUUUUCCCCAACAGCUGGUGUCAUUAAAUGAAACAUCAGAUAACAGUAACAACACACUUUGGUUUUAUUUCAACACACAGACACAAUUUCUGCUGUGCCAACGAAGAUCUCCAGAAAGAAAAGUUAGUUUUUAUAUCCACCGCUAUGAUUCCAUGUAUUAAGUCCACUAAUCUUUAAAUAAAAAAAAGACACUUUAUAAAAAAUAAUAAAUGGGACAUGAAUUCUGAAUA